AUGGACGGCUUUCCGAAAGGAGACAUCUCCUGUUGGCUCAGCCAUGAAAAGGUCUACUAUUGCGGCUCCAACAAGAAGUAUCUGAAGCAGCGGCGACUCAUCUAUGAUCCUUAUGCGUCGACGAACGGGGAUUUCGAGAUCACCUUUGCCGAGUUCAAGAAGGCCUUCAACGCAGUCAUCCCUCCCAAGAAGUAUCAGCAAAUCGGGCUUAACUACAGCUUCCUCAGCGAGAGCGUUGAGAAGGAGCCCUACAAGCCUGGCAGAUAUUAUCUCGGCGUCACGAACCGGUUCAUCAAGUUUCCUCGGACAGUGCAGUCCAUCAGCUUCAUCGACGAUUGGGCAGAGGGCCUCCAGGGUCCGGCGUUGCAGAGCCGGACGAAGGACGGCCUCACCGUUCACUUGGAAGUGUCUUUCCAGUACAAGCUGAUCUUCAGCCAGCUAUACAAUUUGUGGGCAACUCUUGGCCACGACCACUACGAGACGACCUUCACGCGGAUGGCCAUGGAGCAGCUGUCGACAGCCACGACGCACCACAAUGCGCACUUCUUCUUCAGGAAUCGUACCUACGUGAGCACAGAGAUGCAUCGAAAGCUUGACGAACAUUUCCGAAAGCACGCGUUUGCGGAGGUGCCUUUCUUCCAGCUGCGCACCGUGCACCUGCCGGACGAUUUCGAGGAUGCCAUUCGAGAGACCCAGGUGCAAGAGCAGCACAUCCACAUAGCACGCUUGGAGCAGCAGAAGAAGAAGGUGACGUUCGCGACAGAGGUGCUCAAAGCCGAGCAGGCAGUCAAGAAGAUCAACAAUGAAGCUGGGGGCGAGGCCACGGCCACGCUGACCAAGAACCGGGCGUAUUGUGAACAGUACAAGUUUACCCAAGAGAUCCAAGCAGAUGCCCUCGAGCACCUUGGCUUCUUAUUGGCUACUGAUAAUCUCAGCCCAGGCUACCCUCCUGACAGCCCUCCAGUGCCACGAUUCUUCAAGUCCAGGGAGUCGAAGGUCGUGAAGGCGGUGAAGAGGGAGGAAACGCUGGAGUCCGUUAGCCAAGGCAGUACCGCCGCGAGUCGACGAUGUCCAGCAUUCUUCGCCAACCACUCGGACGAUGAGAAUUCAGAGCCGGAUUUCGGCUUGAGCUUGUGUGGACCCCCAGGACUUUGUCAGCAAGCGCCAACCGUUACGGUUGCACCGUCUCCAGAUUCGGGACAUGAAAUUUUCCGGCGUCUUCAAGAGCUCGAGAAAAUGAAGGCGGCGCUGUCUCAGUUGGAGGCGGAGGAGAGGAUUGCUCAGGCAAACGUGCGGCCAGACCCGGCGUGGGAUCCCAGUAUAAGUUAG